GACAAGAUAUCAUUAGGACCAAAUAGAUCAACUACCACUUAAACCACUUGAAUAUAGGACUAUUUUAUACUUACAUAUACACACAGAGUAGCUGGCAAACAGUUGGCUUGUGUUUUUAGCUUCUUGGGUUAGCGCCUUACAGCAUUGUUUUUGUUUCUGGGUUUAAAGAAAAGGGGUGGUUCAAGUUGUUUUCUUGAUUUCAAGAAGAGCCAAGAAACAAGAAAAAUAGGAAAGAUCUGGGGAAAUGAGUGCUUCUAGGUUCAUAAAGUGUGUCACAGUUGGUGAUGGUGCUGUUGGGAAAACAUGUAUGCUUAUUUCUUACACUAGCAACACUUUCCCCACGGAUUACGUGCCAACUGUCUUUGACAAUUUCAGUGCAAAUGUGGUUGUGGAUGGGAGCACCGUCAACCUAGGCUUGUGGGAUACUGCUGGUCAAGAGGAUUACAAUAGAUUGAGACCCUUGAGCUAUCGCGGAGCAGAUGUAUUUCUUCUUGCAUUUUCUCUAAUUAGCAAGGCUAGUUAUGAAAAUGUUGCAAAGAAGUGGAUUCCCGAACUUAGGCACUACGCACCAGGAGUCCCGAUAAUUCUUGUUGGAACAAAGCUUGAUUUGAGGGAUGAUAAACAGUUCUUCGUAGACCACCCUGGUGCAGUCCCCAUUACUUCAGCUCAGGGGGAGGAUCUGAGGAAACUAAUUGGAGCUCCUGCGUACAUUGAAUGUAGUUCGAAAACACAACAGAACGUGAAAGCAGUUUUUGAUGCGGCUAUCAAAGUAGUACUCCAACCACCGAAGCAGAAGAAGAAGAAGAAGAAGGGCCAAAAAGCUUGCUCAAUCUUGUGAUUGAAGAAAUACUAGGGUUGUUAAAGUGAAAAAGACAUUCCACCUUCCUUUGGUGCAUCUAGUCCAUUACUUUUUGCAAGUUCUCUUCAUUUUACUUGUUCAUCCGUGGCCAGAACACAGACCUCAUUUGUAGCCCCGUGACUUGUUAGAGAAUGUGUUUAAUACAUCUAGUAAUUUGUUUUGCUCUAACUGGAAAUUCACCAUCAUGUAAUUGUUUGCUAGUCCUGAUAAUAUGUUUACUGAAGUUAUAUUCAGAUCCUAACAGAUAUGAUGUAAUAAUAAUAUUGUGCAAGACAGUUUAUUUUGGCUCUUA